UUAGAACACUCCCCCCUAACCAGGUGUGUGUGCGUUUUCCCGGCGAAUGUCAAAUAAACUGUUACCAGUCGCUCGGACAAUUUUAAAGCGCUAAAAUGGCAAACGUGCGCUGUUUGGAGAAACUAUUCCGUCUACAGAAGCUCCUGCUGCCCCUUCAUGCACAGAGCUGUCGCCUGUCCUCCCUGCACCGACAGCUGCCCCUGGCUGCUGCAUCGCUGGCGCGGGGCUAUGCCAAAGAUGCCACAGAGAAGACUAGUGGCAACGGAAGUGGCUUGGAGGACUUUCGGGCACGCGAGGAACAGCUGGAAAGGGAGCGGGAUGCGGCCGAGGAGGCGGCUGCAAAAGCCACACAAAAUGAGUCCGGCGGUGGGGGAGGAGGAGCAGGCGGCAAGCAGCAUGAGUCUGACGAGCAGAGCGCCAAGCAGGCCAAGGUGGAUGCCAUACGCGACAAGAUACUCGAUGCGGCUCUGGAGCAUGUACCACAACACGGCUGGACAAGGCAGGCGAUUAUCCUCGGGGCGGAGCAGUGCGGCUAUCCCAGCGUGGUGCAUGGCAUGUUCCCCGAAGGCGGCUUUGCCCUCGUCUCCCACUUCAACGGCAGAUGCAACGCCCAGCUGGUGCAGAGUCUCAAGCAGAAGACGUGCAGUGGCCAGCAGGAUGUAGAGAAUCCGCUCGACUUCCUGGUGCAGGCCGUGCGUCAGCGCAUGGAAAUGAUUUCCCCGUACAAAGCCCAAUGGCCGCAGGCCAUGUCCCUAAUAGCACAGCCGCAGCAUGCGUCGACGGCGCUUGCCCAGGUGCUCACACUAGUGGACGACAUCUGCUACUACUCGGGCGAUCGAUCCGUGGACUUUGGCUGGUACACGCGGCGCAUUGGCCUGGCGACCAUCAUGAAGAUGACCGAGCUGUACAUGCUGCAAGACACCUCCGCUGGCCAUGUCCAGACGUGGGACUUCCUAAAGAACCGCAUGGACGAGGCCGUGCAGCUGCAAAUGGCACUCUCCCAGACCGAGGGCAUGACGCACACCUUUCAACGUUCCUUUAACUCGGCUUUCAUAACGGCACGGAAUAUACUCGGCCUGGGCUUCAAGCGGAAUUAGCCCCGAGACCUCUUUGCUUCACGCAGUCCAAAGAAGGAAUGGCAAUCCAUUGGUGUGGAUUCCAUGGAUCCUCCCCCCCAUUCAACGAUCUACACUUAUAUAUAUACCUUAACCCUACAUGUUUAUAUGUAUGUACAUAUAUGUACGUACGUCUUUCUACAAUCCUGUGGUUUAGCUGGAGCUGUAGCUGGAGCUCGCCUGAGGCUUCUUUCGGCGGUGAUGAUUAUAGUUCUUAAA